AGCAAACAUGGCUGCCCCCAGUAACGCUGAGCGUUCUCCUGAGAGGUCGGCGCCGCUGAAGACGCCGAAAACUGAGCUCCCAUCUCCCGAAUCAGAUGAGCUGAGUGAUGGCAACCAGUAUCAUUCCGACCCGUCGGCUCCCAGCAGAUUCCCCUCUCUGAAUGUGUCCAUAUCAGCGCUGGGGGCCGGAGGCGGCUCGGCCUCUGCCUCCAACAACAGCAGCAGCGUCGCUGGCGGAGGCGGCUUCACGGUGUGUCGCGGUAUGUCAUGGACUCCAUCCGAAACCAACGCUCUCAUCGCCGUUUGGGGUAACGAACGACUCGCCGAGGCUCGCAUGCAGCAGCUGGAAGUGGCAGGGACGGUAUUUUCCGGCAAGGCGCCCGGACCGGCCAUGUACGAGCGGGUUUCCAGAGCCUUGUCAGAGCUCGGGUAUGAUCGGACUCCGUCUCAGUGCAGGGAGAGGAUGAAGACACUACGGCGAUGCUACAGCCGUGUGAAGGAGCACGGCAUUGGGAAGAGGAAGAGCAGUUACUCCAUCGAGCAGCUGGAGAAGGUGUUUGGCCAGGGUGGCUGGGACUCUCAGAGCUGCCAGCCCGUGCUAAUUAACAGCAGCGGCCUCUAUCAGGAGAUGGAGUCAGAUGGCAGCACAAUGGAGGACUACCCUCAAGAGGACUGGUGCAGCCAGGAUCUUUCUGCUGCUUUCCAGGAGGGAGAGAUAGAAGCUGAGGAGAUCCAGCUUCCAAAGAACAGAGUUCUACAGUUAAGACCGGAUGCUUCUGAGCAUGCCCACCCACAUCGUACUGUGAUUUCCUGCAGGCGUCAGGAAGUGAUGAAGAAUGUGGUACGCAUACUGGAAUCAGUGGACGUCAAAUGGGAGCACUUCCAGACGUGGACAGACUUCUCACGCUUGCACCUCUCUAACAAGCUGGCCAUCUUUGGUGUGGGCUACAACACACGAUGGCGAGAGGAAAUCCGCUACCACUACGCAGAGAUCAGCUCCCAGGUACCUCUCGGGAAGCGCCUACGGGAGUACUUCAACCCUGAGAAGACAGAGGGCAGGGAGAUCAUGACCAAGGUGCAGAAGAUGAACUGGAAGAAUGUGUAUUAUAAAUUUCUGGACAUUACGAUUAGUGAAGCGCGCUGCUUAGAGCUCCACAUGGAGGUGGACUGGAUUUCUAUUGCACAAACAAGCUCUUCGGGUUACAGCAACGGAUCACAGUACCUGCUUCCGGGCGGCAUUCCGAAAACCUAUGGCCUCUACGCUAUCGGAUAUGAGGAGCAGGAAGAGAUGAGUAGCUUUAACUCAGAAAAUAGUGGUUCUUUAGGUGGUGAAAAAGACCAAGAACUUGGUGAGAGUGAGAAUAAGCGAAGGAGGACUUCAUCCAAAGUAACUUAUUGCUACCUCGGCAUAGCAGAAGAUCGCACACUUCAGCAAUGCCUCUUCCAGCACUUUCAGAGUUCAGGGAAGUGUGGUAGCCGUCCUGAGCCUGCCAUCACCAAGUUUCUGCAGGAAAACUGCUCCAGGGAUGGAGGCUCCUCUUCUGUGUACAUAAAAUUUAUUGAAGUGGAGCUGGAUUUUCUCUCAGCUGGUUCCCUGGUGGAAUGUUUAGAAACAGCAAUUGGAUAUACCUUGAAGUUCAACAAAAAGGGCACCUUGUGACGAAAAAUUUGUUCUGUGGAUGUGCACAACUGUUUUGAAGAGAUCUUGACACAGCUCAGCUUUUAAUCUAGAUAUUUCAGCCUGAAAAGAAUAAUUCUAGAGAUGAAACUGAACAGCAUCUAGAUCUUUUCAGUGUACAGUGUCUUGCAAAAGAAUUCAUCCGCCUUGGUGUUUGUCCUGUUUUGUCACAUUACAAGCUGGGAU